CCAAUCGUAAGUUGCCGCCCACCCUCCGAGUGCGCGCUAUAUCUAUUUGAUGUGGUAAGGCAAUAUAAAUAGAAGCAAUGGCUCUCAAGCUCCUACCAAGUUCCGAUCUCAUCUUUCUUCUCACUGGGAGUUGAAGUCUAUUAGGAUAUCGUCAUAUCAUGGGUGGAAAGCAAAAGGUGGUGAUGAAAGUACCAGUGAAUGAUGAGAAGAGUCGAUCUCGAGCGUUGAGAACAGCUGUAGGUGUACCAGGCUGCAUAUCGGUUGCACUAGAAGGUGCAGAUAAAAACAUGAUGGUUGUGAUAGGGGACGGUAUAGAUUCAGUGUUCUUGACUAAAUCAUUGAGGAAGAAGGUUGGUGGUGCAGAGCUGAUAACGGUGGCUCCCGUACAGGAGAAGAAGCCGGAGGAGAAGCCAAAGAACCCGAAAAACCCGCCCGCUGCUGUACCAGCUCUGCAGCCACAUAUAAUAUAUUUGCACCCUUCUCCACCAUACUAUAUUCCUGAACCUAGUGGUUGUACUAUCAUGUAAGCCAAUCAGAUGAUUUUGUUGGUUUUACUACUUAGUGCAUGCCAGAGAAGGAUGAAGAAUGUGAUAUGUUAUCAUGGGAA